AUGGGAGGGAAGUUACCCGGCUUGUUUGGUGAUUGUUCUGGUGGACGUCAUUCAACCACCUGUUUCUCUGCUCGACUCAUGUGGAGGGAGAAAGGUGAUGGAGAGAUCUAUGUAUACAUGCCAGAUCAGGCUGCGGGAUUCUACGAAAGAAAAGACUUUGCGAUAAUUAAUGGUCUCUUCUUUUCGCCAAUUUUUGGUGGUGGAAGCCCUCCGUGGGCCUCCAGACUGGAUUGUUACUCAUAUUUCAAAGAUUUUAUUAUAUCGGAGGGUGCCGAAGUACCAAUCAUUGGAUGA